UACAACAAUCGGAAAUAUUAGAUUAUGGAAGUUAAGUGAGAGGACGCGUACGCAGCCACCGACACUACCCUAACAGAAGCAUCUCGCGAAGCAUCUUCAAGGCAGCCCUUCCUCGAUCUCAGCUCUUAUCACCGUACACUAGAGAAACGCACGGACCGCCCUACCUGUGCUUCAGUGGACCCAAAACACCAUUAGCUUAUUGCCGGACCAGAGAGGAGUAGAUACAACACGUAAGAAAAUACGUUGGAAUAAGAAGAGUAGGAAAGUGGGGCGACGACACGGAGAGUAUUUCAGUGAAGAUAAUGCGUGUUUGCCGCGGGCUCUGUUCUCCGAGAAGCGGAACAGGACCAGCGGAUGGGGUGAUAUACACGGCGAGGAGGUCCCGACGCUGGGCCGCCGGGUUUUGUGCCUCCCGGGCUGGUCUAUGGUGCUAACGGGAGGGAAUCCGAAGGGGAAGAAGAAUGGGGGACAGAGAGAGAAUCCAAGGAGUGACGGGGACAGGAGAAGCGCCCAAUAUUUCUGGGGGCGGGAGAGAAGAGCAGCGUCCCCUGAAGCAGUCUCUGACGGGCUCCCUCUGUAGGGAGUCGCACUGGAAGUGCCUCCUGCUGACGCUGCUGAUGUACGGCUGCUUCUGCACGCUGGCGUGGUGCGGCCUGUGUCGCGUGCCCGUGCUGGCCCCCGAGGACCCCGGGGGGGGGUACCACCCCGGCGAGCGGGCCCGGCUGCAGCACGACAGCCCCUGCUCCAGCGGCUACGUGUACAUCCCGCUGGCCUUCCUGGCCAUGCUGUACGUGGUGUACCUGGUGGAGUGCUGGCACUGCUACUCCAAGACGGCCACGCUGGCCCAGGCCGAGGUGGCCGAGGUCUACGAGCGCGUGCAGAGGCUGCAGCAGGCCACGCCCUGCAUCUGGUGGAAGGCCAUCAGCUACCACUACGUGCGCCGCACGCGACAGGUGACGCGCUACCGAAACGGCGACGCCUACACCACCACGCAGGUGUACCACGAGCGCGUCAACACGCACGCGGCCGGCUCGGAGUUCGACUACGCGCGGCACGGCGUGAAGGACGUGUCCAAGCAGCUGGUGGGGCUGCCGGAGCACCCGGCCGUGCGGCUGCGCUUCACCAAGUGCUUCAGCUUCGCCAGCGCGCGCGCGGAGGCCGCCUACCUCACCCAGCGCGCCCGCUUCUUCGGCGACAACGAGGGCCUGGACGACUACAUGGAGGCGCGCGAGGGCAUGCACCUGAAGAACGUGGACUUCCGCGAGCACAUGCUGGCCUUCCCCGACCCGGCCUGCCCGCCCUGGUUCGCCCGGCGCAGGGUGUUCUGGCUGGCCUCGGCCCUGCUGCUGUCCUGGCCGCUGCGCGUGGUGGCCGAGUUCCGCACCGCCUACGUGCACUACCACGUGGAGAAGCUGUUCGGCGACAGCGAGGAGCGGGACGGCAGCGAGGCGGGCAACGAGAGCGGGGGCGGCGGCGGCGGCAUCGGCUCCAGCUACCGCGCCAUCUCCCGCGUCAACACGGUGGACAUGACCGAGCUGGAGUGGCACAUCCGCUGCAACCAGCAGAUGGUGCCCAGCUACUCCGAGGCCCUGCUCAUGGACCUGGACUCGGGCUCCACCCCGCCCCCCCCGCAGGCCGCCGCCGGGAACGCCCCGGCCCUCAGCGCCGGGUACUUCCUCCAGAGCUGCCCCCGCUGCCGCCGGUCCUCCAGCAGCACCUCGCUCCCCUCGCGGAUCCGCGGCAGCGUGGCCCUGGGCGGGGCCAACGGCCACGCGCUGAUGAACGGCACGGUGGCGGGGAUGAGGGCCGGCGGAGGGGGAGGGGGGGCGGGGGGCAGGCUGGUGCCCAGCCGGAGCGGCUUCUCCCUGGGGCGUCUGCAGGCCUCGCGCCCCACCUGCCUGUUCCACUCCCUCAGCAUGGGCGGCGGGGUCGGGGGCCGGGGGGACGAUGGGGGAGGAGGGGGGGGGUUCCUGGGCCUGGGGGGCCGGCAGGACGAGGAGAGCCGGGGCGUGCUGGAGGGGGAGGGGGAGGACGAGGAGGGAGAGGAGGAGGAGGAGGUGGGAGAGAGGGAGGCGGAGGAGGAGCAGGGGCAGGAGGGAGAGGGGGAAGAGGGCAGGGAGGGGGAGAGAGACAGGCCCCCAGCCUAUCAGGAUGCUUUCUUCUUCCCUGUGCUGAUUGUGCACGGGGAGGAGAGCUGCCACGGAGGAGUGGGCAUAUGA